CUCUCUCUCUCUCUCUCUCUCUCUCUCACUCUCUUUCUCUCUUCUCCAGCCUUCAGCCGGCUCUGCCGUAACUCUGCCGGGGCUACUGCUGCCGUUCGCUGGCUCGCCCACGGAGAGCAGAAGCAUAUGGAUCUUGUCAGAUUCUACUCAGUAGGGCGUACAUCAUUUCCCAGAAUGCCACAGGUGUGAGCCCAUCAGACUCCUGCCGACCCUUCAGCAACCUAAUCACCUUCCUCGGAGGUUCCAUGGCAACCACAUCUGUUCACAGGCUCAGCGGUCACCAGCUGCUGCACUGAGGGCACCGAAGAGAAGAUAAAGGGUUCUGGGUGUUUUUAAUGGACUUGGUUUUCGGGCCACAGAGGAGCGUGGGAAUUUGUCUGACUUUCUUUCUUUUCCCGGAUCCUGUCUGGGUGCGGGGAUGCAAAGAAAACAAUAACUGGAACAAACCUGAAGCCUUGACACACUGGAGGCAAUGUAACUUGAGGAAACUGAACAUAAGAAAAAGACGACUUUAAAAAAAUAAUAAAUCUUUCUACAAGAACACAACAAUUGCAAAAUGUCAGCUCACAGGAGGUGACAUGCGGCUCAUUCUGCCAUGUAGUCGCAACGACCUGCAGAAACCUCCCAGAAACUUUUUCUCUGAACGCGGCCAUUUUUAACAAGCUGAGAGCUGCUGUAUGUGUGAACACACACACACACACACACACACACACACCAUAAAACCGAAAGAAAACACACACACACACACACACACACACUCGAUAAGCUGAGCGAGGAGUUAUAAAGUGCUACCAUGUUAUUAUCGGCCCUGGCGCUUCCUAUUUUCGUCUUUAAUCUUUGUAUUCUGAGUAAUCAUCUUUUUAAUUAAUGGCGACGGCGGCGUGAAAUCUUCCACUCCUCGACACACACCCCCCCACACCCACCCCCACUCUUUCCCGCCGCCGCCAGAGACACCUGAAACCAAUUAGCAACAGCAGAUCUAGAUGGGGAUUAGAGACAGGAAGAUCAGCAGCGAUUAGAUAAACACAAAGAGGGGAAGAAGAGGGGGAAAAAAGAGAGGAGAGGGAUCGAAAAAAAAAAGCGCCAUAAGGAGCGAAGAAGGACUUAAAAAAAAAAAGGAUCCCGUCAGUCAUUCUGGGUGAUCGAUAGGAGGGUGGGGCAGCAGGCGGGGCAGAAGGAGGAUAUGGCGAGAUUGGGGCGGCAGCCGACAGCGAAGAUAACAACUAGCUGUGAGUCCGCACGUAGAGUAGACUGUAGGAGUCCUGAGUCUUGACCGGCCAGGACACAUUGUCAUUCCCUGCUCAGUGCGGGUGAGCAAGGGAGGGAAGUACAAAGAGAGAGAGAAAGAGAGAGAGAGAGAGCGAGAGAGAGAGAGGGAGAGACUCUUGGCCGGACGCCAUGAUCACGGCCAAUUAAGAGAAUUUGAUUAUAUGCCUUAAUCUUGGCAGUCAGGUGGAAAAGCAGACACGGAGAGGAAGAGGAGACGCAGCAGGUGCCACCGAUACACACCAUUAUCUCAGCCUGUCUGUUUCGGCCCCCACCGUCCUGUGUUUUCGCCAUCUCGUCCACAAACCAAAUCCGUCUUCUUCGAGAGGCCCGUCGAAGCAGCGGAUGCAGAAGGGGCAAAGGAAGAAGCUCAUUUUCUUCCUUGAAUGUUUUUCAUAUUCUUGUUUAGUAACAAAAACCGAACCCUCUUCCGCCAAACAGAUGAACUCAAUCUGGGGGACAUUUCUUUCCUUCUCUUUCCUCAAUUUCACUCUAUCCAUAUUUGUGGGCAUGUCCUAUUUAGAAGUUUCCCUGCAGCCUCCACACUCUCCAUAUCAAGUGUGAGAUAAAAGGGACUGAUAAACAGAAAUAAAUAAAAAAAGGAGAGAGACAGCAAGGGAUUGAAUCUGGAGAGGACAGAGCGGAGACUUUAUUUCCUCAAUCCCAGGUACCCCGAGGCUCCCGCCAACACUUCCUCUUUUUAAAAAUCCUCUUCUCUCCGGAGCUUUUUUAUCCGCCAGCUCUCUUCCUUGUGGAUCGUAUACUCUGCAUCCAUCCAUCCAUCCAUCUAUCCAUCCGUCUAUCCUGGACCCCGCUGAGAUUAAACUGGCUUCCGUCAUCAGAGGGAAUCUUUUGAUAUCGGCUUCUGGUGUCAUCAUCUUCAUUCUGUGGCGGUACAGGCAGCCAGCAGACCAUUCUCCAUGAGGAGCAGUGGAAGAUGCCGGCUCUGCCAGCACUGCUGCUGUCGAUUUACGUCGCCGUCCUGCUGCUGACCAUGGCACCGCUCUCCUUCAGCCAGGCCCUCUCUGCCGUCCGCAUGGCGGCCAUUUUGGAUGACCAGUCAGCGUGUGGUCGUGGCGAGCGUCUGGCGCUGGCUCUGGCGAGGGAGAACAUCAACAGUCUGAUGGAGGGCUCCUCCCAGGCGAGGGUGGAGGUGGACGUCUACGAGCUGCAGACGGACUCCCAGUACGACACCACUGACACCAUGUGUCAGAUCCUGACGAAGGGCGUGGUCUCAGUGAUUGGUCCCGCCUCCAGCCCCGCCUCUGGGUCCACCAUCAGUCACAUCUGUGGGGAGAAAGAGAUCCCUCACGUGAAGAUCGGUCCGGAGGAAACCCCGAAGCUGCCGUACCUUCGCUUCGCCUCGGUGACCCUUUACCCGAGUAACGAGGACCUGAGCCUGGCCAUCGGCUCCAUCCUGCGCUCCUUCGGCUACCCGACGGCCAGCCUCGUCUGCGCCAAAGCAGAGUGCCUGCUGCGAUUGGAGGAACUGGUCCACCGCUUCCUGAUCUCCAGGGAGACGCUGUCGGUGCGGAUGCUGGACGACAGCCUGGACCCCACCCCCCUGCUGAAGGAGAUCCGGGACGACAAAGUGGCCACCAUCAUCAUCGACGCCAACGCCUCCAUCUCCUACCACAUCCUCCGGAAGGCGAACGAGCUGGGGAUGAUGUCAGCCUUCUAUAAGUACAUUCUCACCACCAUGGACUUCCCUCUGCUGCGCUUGGACGACGUGGUGGGCGAUCAGUCCAACAUUUUGGGCUUCUCUAUGCUGAACAGCAGUCAUCCCUUCUACCUGGAGUUCAUCCGGAGCCUCAACCUAUCCUGGAGAGAAGGCUGCAAUAUCACCCCGUACCCAGGACCAGCGCUGUCGUCGGCCCUGAUGUUCGAUGCGGUCCAUGUGGUGGUGAGCGCAGUGCGCGAGCUGAACCGCAGUCAGGAGAUAGGGGUGAAGCCACUGAGCUGCACAUCUCCGCUCAUCUGGCAGCAUGGAACCAGCCUCAUGAACUACCUACGCAUGGUGGAGUACGAUGGUCUGACGGGUCACAUUGAGUUCAACAGCAAAGGCCAGCGGACCAAUUACACACUGAAGAUCCUAGAGAAACACCCCAGGGGCCAUAAAGAGAUCGGUACCUGGUACUCCAACAACACGUUGGCCAUGAACUCCACUUCCCUGGACCUCAACGCGUCAGAGACGCUGGCUAACAAGACGCUCAUCGUCACCACUAUACUGGAAAACCCGUACGUGAUGCAUAAGGCCAACCACCAGGACUACCAGGGCAAUGACCAGUACAAGGGUUUCUGUGUGGACAUGCUGCGGGAGCUGGCAGACAUCUUGAAGUUCUCCUUCAAGAUCAAGCUGGUGGACGACGGGCUGUACGGAGCGCCGGAGCCCAACGGCAGCUGGACCGGCAUGGUGGGAGAGCUGAUCAACCGGAAAGCAGACCUGGCGGUCGCCGGCUUCACCAUCACCUCGGAGAGAGAGAAGGUGAUUGAUUUCUCCAAGCCCUUCAUGACUCUGGGGAUCAGCAUCCUGUACCGGGUUCAUCUGUGGCCGUGGUGUCUGGAAAAGUCAAGCUGCAGGCUACCGGGCCGUAAACCUGGUUACUUCUCCUUCCUGGAUCCGUUUUCUCCAGCUGUCUGGCUCUUCAUGCUGUUGGCCUACCUCGCCGUCAGCUGCGUCCUCUUCCUCGCCGCCAGGCUCAGCCCCUAUGAAUGGUACAACCCUCACCCGUGUCUUCGGGAGCGGCCGGACGUCCUCGUGAACCAGUACACCCUGGGGAACAGUCUGUGGUUCCCGGUGGGCGGCUUCAUGCAGCAGGGCUCCGAGAUCAUGCCCCGGGCUCUGUCCACCCGCUGCGUCAGCGGAGUCUGGUGGGCGUUCACCCUCAUCAUUAUCUCGUCCUACACGGCCAACCUGGCGGCAUUUCUGACCGUCCAGAGGAUGGAGGUUCCCAUCGAGUCUCCGGACGAUCUGGCUGACCAAACCAACAUCCAGUACGGCACCAUCCAUGGAGGAUCCACCAUGACCUUCUUCAUGAACUCGCGGUACCAGACGUACCAGCGGAUGUGGUACUACAUGAACUCCAAGCAGCCCAGCGUCUUCGUGAAGAGCACCGAGGAAGGGAUCGCGCGCGUCCUCAACUCCAAGUAUGCCUUCCUGAUGGAGAGCACCAUGAAUGAGUACUACCGCAGCCUCAACUGCAACCUCACGCAGAUCGGAGGCCUGCUUGACACCAAAGGAUACGGCAUCGGCAUGCCUCUGGGCUCUCCGUACAGAGAUGAGAUCACUCUGGGGAUCUUACAGCUGCAGGAGAGCAACCGGCUGGAGAUCCUGAAGAGACGCUGGUGGGAGGGGGGACAGUGUCCCAAAGAGGAGGACCACCGGGCCAAAGGUCUGGGCAUGGAGAACAUCGGCGGGAUCUUUGUGGUCCUGAUCUGCGGCCUCAUCAUCGCCGUCUUCGUGGCCAUCAUGGAGUUUCUGUGGUCGACGCGCCGCAGCGCCGAGACGGACGAGGUAAAACAUCAUCAUCAUCCUCCUACUCCUCUUCCUCUCUCGUGCUCCUCCUCCUGCCCCGCCCCCGGCCUCAACCGCAGCUCUAACACCUCAGUCUCAGUUUGUCAGGAGAUGCUGACAGAGUUUCGAAACGCCGUCUCCUGCAAGAAGAGUUCUCGUUCUCGACGCCGCCGUCCUCUGAGCAGUGCCGGGGGCGGAGUCCUGCGUCACCCAUCCCGCCUGGCUCUGGCCACCCCACGCCCCAUCCGCCUGGUCCGCGAGAUGCGUCUCAGCAACGGCAAACUGUACAGCGGCGCAGGCUCGCUGACGGCCGGGCUGGGGGGAGGUAUGGGAGGGGGUCCUGAUUUAGGCCCGGGGCCACAGAGGCUCCUGGAGGACCCACUAGGCGCCAACGCCACCACCAGCAAGCCUCCCCCUCCUCCGGUGUCGUCCCUGGGGGCUCCACCCGCCCCGCUGCGCAGCUUCCUGCAGGGCUGCAGCCACGUGCGGAUCUGCCAGGAGUGCCGGCGGAUCCAGAGCCUGAGGCCGGCCACGCUCACGCCUCCUCCACUUCCUCCCCCCUCCUCCUCGGCCUCCUCCUGCUCACGCGUCCCUCCCUCUGCGGGGACGCCGGGGCACCAUCUUCGCCACAACCCGCACCACCACCUCCACUACCACCACGGCUCCAUGUCGCUGCCCCGCCUCCCUCCGCCACCUCCGCCGAUCCCGGCAGACAGAGCCGACAGCGACGGGGGAGGAGGGGCGGCGAGCCCGCGGCAGGCCAAUGCCAAACCGCCGCCACCACCCCGGCCGCUGCCUCCCCCCAGGACGCCGACACGCCUGCCUACAGACUUACUGGCGGGGCACAACUGAGCAGAGGGACACUGUGUGAGCCGUCAUCAGAGGGGUCAAAGGUCAUGGUUUUAAACCCUCAGUGAACUUAACUUUUUUUGGCCCCAACGUCACAGCUGAAUCGGUCCAAACUGGCCAAUCAGCAGGGGUGGAUGGAAAAAAACAAACAUUUUUACCCAUUUGCAGGGCCAUUCAUGAAAACGACUUUGGCUCAGUGGAUCAUACCAGUAACCUUUCCACAUUGGGGAUUUUGGAUUUAACCAGCAGAGUUGAUCGGAGUCUGUGGAUCGCAGGGCUGCAGAGGACAGACAAACAGAAAGUGGCUGCCAAAUGGAUGCCAUCUUUGGGGUGGUUUGUUGCGCCCACAUUCGCUCCUCCACCUCUUGCCUCAGCCAAUCAUCACGCCCCGUGCCAAGCGAGGAGGAUUCUUUCUCAAACUGUUUGAAUAUUGAACCAGAUGUUUGUAUAGAAGGAGACCCACACACACACACACACACACACACACACAAACACACAAACACACACACACGGUAGCAGAGCAGCUGUACAGUUAUCACGAUCAUCUGUCAAUCAUUUGGACGCCUCUGGAGGAUGUAGCUCUGAACAACUCUGUUGCUGUUUGUGCAGCGAACGUCUGGAAAACGGACCAGCCGGUGCUGUGAUCCCCCUCAAAGCAGACAAACACGCGCAUCGAUACUCACCUGAAGUGUACGAAGAUGCGCUGGGCUAGUUCUUCUUUUUUCAUGCAGCAUCCAAUUCACCAAGGAAAGGAGAACGCACAAUGAGACGUCCUGAAAUGUAAAGCUAACAAACGGGGAAGAGACGGAUAAAUCAGAGUUCAUUUUAUUUAUUUUUUUUAUGUAAAAAAACUGUUGACGGGAUCGUUGGUUUGAGGUGUCUGGUUCAAGUGUUCUCAUCUGGUUACACAAUUUUAACAGUCAGCCAAUCAGAAACUGGUAUCAGUGACUAUGACAUAAAUCAUUUUAGCUCCUGUUUUUGAAAGAAUAGUUAAACAUUUUGAGGAAUACGGCCAUUCGCUUUCUUUCCAAGAAUUAGAUGUUCAGAUGGAUAUCAAUCUAAUGCCUGUGUUUUUAGUAUGGAGCGAGAGUCAGGAUGUGGUUAGCCUAGCUUAGCAUAAAAACGGGUGUUAUUUAUUAUAAGUAUAAAAGUCUGGGGACUUUAUUUGACGUUUGGCAACCAAUCAAUAGGACAUCGCAAAGAAAUGAAGUCACAGCAAGUAACGCCCCUAAAAUGUUUUUUUUUACAUUUGUUUGAGUACAGAUUAAACAAACAAGAUGUAACAUGUUAAUGAGUGAGCUUUAGAGGUGUUGGUAGGUGGAUAUUUUAAACUUUGGACAGAGCCAGGCUAGCUGUUUCCCUCUGCGUCCAGUCUUUAUGCUAAGCUAGGCUAACCACGUCCUUACAUGAGAUUGAUAUCUGCAAAACUAACUCUCAGAGAGAGUUAGUUUUGUUCACAAGCCGCGAAAGAACAAAGAAGCAUCCGCUACUUUGCUUUUUCAAAAUAUUAGUCAUAAGAAUACCAUGUAGCCAAAGUAGUUCUGCCUAAAAGCAAGUUUUCCAAAUUGAUGCCAGAUUUGUGAUGAAUGAAACAGCCAGAUCAGCUAAAUUUCUGGUCCAACUGCUGGUGCCGGGGCUAGCUCAAAGCUGGCCUGACUGUUGCUAACUGGAGCCUAUUCCCCCAAACUCCCAAAACCUGGCCAAAUCUGGUAGCCAUAUCUGGGCCAGAGCCAGAUUACAUUUGGAAAUACAUUGCCACAAGACAGCCGAGUGUGUUGACACUCUUAAAAACGGUUUGGUGAAUCAGACGCCGUUUGUAAGGGACUGUACGGAAAUUAUUUCGGGCAGCUCUUUUGGUCGUCUUCUUAGAUGUUUGUGAGAGAGCCUCUCACAGCUUACUCAUAAUUUAUUUAAGUGAGAUUUAUUGUUGGAUAUUGUAUUCUAAUUUCUCUUCUAAAGUGUGAAUUGGUGGCUAUUGUGUAAUUUCAAGGUUUAAAGUGGAGUACACCAUCCUAAUUUAUUUGUAUUUUUAGUUUUUAGUGGUGAAACCAGUUGUAGCAGACCAAUACAGUUGCAGUAUGUUGUUAUGAGACUUUGAGGGAGAGUUGUUGCUUUUUUUAAAAAGAAAAACAAAA